CCCGCGAGGAGACGGAAGAACUUUCUUGAUUAGCAUAGUAUCUGCCCUGGGGGCCGCACUGCGACGCGGCGGGUCGGUCCCAGCGAGGUGAAGAGUGCAGUCCCCUCUCGAUUGAGGUUUGACGCAGCACCUGCUUCCAAUCUGAAGGACCCGAGCCUUCCAACUUUGCCGAACAAUACACUGUGGAAUGAAACAGAACAGAGAUCAGAAGUAUCCUGUUUCUCAGAGGAACAUUUCUUCUCGACAGCCAGGGAGAGAGCCUGGAUGCUCAAGCUGGGGAAUGGCAGUCAACGUGUAUUCUACCUCGAUAACCCAGGAGACUAUGAGCCGACAUGACAUCAUUGCCUGGGUUAAUGACAUAGUGUCUCUAAACUACACGAAAGUGGAACAGCUUUGUUCAGGAGCAGCCUACUGCCAGUUCAUGGACAUGCUCUUUCCUGGUUGCAUUAGUUUGAAGAAAGUAAAAUUUCAAGCGAAGUUGGAACAUGAGUACAUUCACAAUUUUAAGCUUCUGCAAGCAUCGUUUAAGCGAAUGAAUGUUGAUAAGGUAAUUCCAGUGGAAAAGCUCGUGAAAGGGCGUUUCCAGGACAACCUGGAUUUUAUUCAGUGGUUUAAGAAGUUCUAUGAUGCUAACUACGAUGGCAAGGAGUAUGACCCCGUAGAAGCACGACAAGGGCAAGAUGCAAUUCCUCCUCCCGACCCCGGCGAACAGAUCUUCAACCUGCCCAAGAAGUCUCACCAUGCAAACUCCCCGACAGCAGGUGCGGCUAAAUCAAGUCCAGCGUCUAAACCAGGAUCCACACCUUCUCGUCCCUCAUCAGCCAAAAGGGCUUCGUCCAGCAGCUCAGCAUCCAGAUCUGAUAGAGAUUUAGAAACACAGGUCAUACAGCUUAAUGAACAGGUACAUUCGUUAAAACUUGCCCUUGAAGGCGUGGAAAAGGAGAGGGAUUUCUACUUCGGAAAGUUGAGAGAGAUUGAGCUCCUCUGCCAGGAACACGGGCAGGAAAACGAUGACCUCGUGCAGCGACUCAUGGAAGUCCUCUACGCUUCGGAAGAACACGAGGGCCACCCGGAGGAGCCGGAAGCAGAGGAACAAGUCCACGAACAGCAGCCCCAGCAGCAGGAAGAGUACUGAACCGUCUCGGCAGCUCUCCACACUUCCGUUCUGGUGGGAACUUUUCUUCUGGAGAAUUGGAACACCUGUGGCCUCAAGCUCAUCAGAAACCGGUUGUUCCCAGCCUGCUGUCCCAUCACUGCGCCGGCGCCCAUGCCAGCCACCGCGCUCGGUUCCCAUUUCCUUCGCCAAGACACACUAGCUGCGGCCGUGGGCAGCCUCCCCAAGACAUCACGGGGUCACAUACCUUCAACUUCACCACCUGGCUGCUUGAGAUUGGUUCUGCUCUUUGCAUUUCUUUCCAGAACAACUGUCCCCACCCCCACCCCACCCCCUUUUUAUCCUGGUGUGAAACAAUGGUAAUUUGAUAUAUGGUAUUUAUAUUGGCAUUUCUCAACCCAGUGUCACUAGAUGUCACACACAUUUGUGGUGCUUUGAUGUUUGCAAGUCUAACCUCUGAACAUAAAUUUGGUCAGAUAAUAAAUUGGAACAAAGGGAAAGAGAUACUUGAUAUGAAAGCCAUAUGACAGUGACUUAUUUCACGGGGAAAAACACCAAGUCAGUUUCUCCCUCUACUCACAAACAAAAGGGAAAAAAAAAAAAGGAAUCAAAACUAGGACGUCAGGGCCCAGCAGUGUUCAGACAUCAGCAUGUUAGACAACCACACAGUAUGUUGUUAGUUUUGAAAGACAUUCACUCAAGGAAAACACCAUCUCGACUUGGCCCUCUAACUGCUUGCCCUUUCCCUCGCCUCCCCCCACCCAGAUUCUCAUGCUCUUUUCUUUCUCAGGGUCCUCUUUGGUGGGGAGCCACUCUCCUCAAAAGCUGUCAUCAGUUGUCUGCAGUCAGAGGGGGUCUGCAUGGGCACAGGUCCUCCUGCCUCCUCCUGUGGGUUUCAGCCCAGAUCCUCUCAUCCACACUAGGGGAUUCCUACUAAAGAAUGACUUCAGGGUGUGCAGCCCCGGGCGGCAGGGUCCCGCAUCAUGCUGGAAGGCUGGGAGUGAAGACCUUAUGAAUAGGAGCGUAAGCCCAAGGGAGAAUCCUGGUUCUGAAGUCUGCUGUUGACACUGGAAUGACAGCACAGGAAAAUCUGACUCCCAAUGCCUUGUGGAAUAAAGAAUUCCCCCUCUUCAAUACUAUGGCCCUCCUUGUCAUUGACCUUCGCUAAAUCGUGGCAGUUCAUAAACAGAGGAAACAUUAAUGAAUUAAAAGCAUUCCUUAUUUUUUUUAACUAAGAUUUGCACAUUUUCUUAGUAUCUUUCCAAAUCUUUGCCUCUUCCCCACCCCGCCCUUUGACAGAUGGUUUCCCUUCCUGGAUCAUUCAUUUCACUCGGUUUCUGACUUUAGAUUUUCUUUCACUUGUUAUUUGACUUAGCAGGUACAACAAAAACAAACAGCAAACAAGUGUGCCCACCCCACUUUCCUCUUAAUUGAAAAGCUUAAAAUAAAUUUCUGAAUUAUGUAUCAUAAA